AUGGGUGACUUCGACCUUAGCUCGGGCUUCAUUCCGGCCCUGCAUAAACCCGCCGCGCUUCUUCCCAUCACUAAACAUCACGACAGCUUGCUCUAUCUCAUAGAGAAAUACCCUGUCACGAUUGUUGUCGGUCAAACUGGCUCGGGAAAGACCACUCAAAUCCCCCAGUUUCUCGAACAUGCAGGCUGGUGUGCUGACGGAAAGGUGGUCGGGGUUACUCAGCCACGACGAGUAGCUGCUACCACCGUUGCCGUUCGGGUGGCCGAAGAAUACGGUUGUGAGCUAGGCAAGGAAGUUGGGUAUUCUAUUCGAUUUGAAGAUGUCACUUCUGCUGCUACGCGCAUCAAGUUCUUAACCGAUGGGCUCCUAAUUCGUGAAGCCCUAGUGGAUCCCUUGCUCUCCCGCUACUCUGUCAUCAUGGUUGAUGAAGCCCAUGAAAGAUCUAUAAGCACCGACAUUCUCCUUGGAUUAUUGAAGAAAAUCCGACGACGUAGACCAGAACUCCGCAUAAUCAUCAGCAGUGCCACGCUCCAGGCUGAAGAGUUUUUGAAGUUCUUCUCUGAAACCUCCGAGAGCCAGGAAUCUGAAGAUAUAAAUGAUAACCUUACUGGUGCUAUAAUAAGUCUGAAGGGCAGGACGUACCCAGUUGAUGUGCUAUAUCUUGAAUCUCCAGCGGAGGAUUAUGUUGAAAAGGCGGUUUCUACUGUUUUCGAAAUUCAUAACUCCGAGCCGGAUGGCGACAUUCUCGUUUUCCUCACUGGCCGCGAAGAGAUCGAUUCCGCUCUUCAGACUAUUGCCGAACGCUCAGCCGAGCUUCCAGGGACGCAAGCACUACUCCCUCUACCUCUUUAUGCGGGCUUGACGACAGAGCAGCAGAUGUAUGUGUUCGAUGCACCACCUGAAAGCACGCGCAAAGUCAUACUCAGUACCAAUAUUGCCGAAGCAUCUGUGACGAUUGAUGGCAUUGUCUAUGUUAUUGACUCAGGCUUUGUGAAACUUAGAGCCUUUGAUCCUAAGACCGGCAUAGAAUCUUUAUCAGUCACUCCAGUAUCCAAAGCGUCGGCAGCACAGCGGGCUGGCAGAGCUGGCCGCACCAAGCCCGGGAAGUGCUUCCGGCUCUUCACUGAGGAUGCGUAUAAACAUCUCCCCGAUACUAAUCCGCCUGAGGUCCAGAGAUCAAACCUUGCACCUUUUAUUCUUCAGCUCAAAGCGCUUGGGAUUGACAAUGUGGUCCGAUUCGAAUUCCUCACGCCGCCACCUGCGGAGCUUAUGAUCAAAGCAAUGGAGUUGCUAUAUGCUUUGGGUGCCCUUGACGAGUAUUCGAAACUUACACGACCGCUAGGCAUGCGGAUGGCGGAGCUUGCCGUUGAGCCAAUGAUGGCGAAGACACUCCUGAGCGCGUCUUCUUUUGACUGUAUAAGUGAAAUCCUCACUAUAGCGGCCAUGACGAGCCUAGGUGGUACUGUAUGGGGUCAGCAAGAUGGAGGCAAGAGGCAAAUGGAGUCUGCCAGGCGUAAAUUUGCUGCUGAAGAAGGCGACCACCUGACGCUCCUCAAUGUUUACCAAGCAUUCGUGACCAAGGGAAAGAAGGAAUCCCGGUUCUGCCACGACAAUUAUCUUAACUUUAAAGCGCUGAGUCGAGCUGUGAGUAUAAGAGGGCAAUUGAAACGCUACUUGGAGCGAUUUGGUAUCAGCGUAGACGAGAGCCUCAAAGUGUCUCGCGAGGGAAGGCCAGACCAGAUUCGCAGAUGUCUAACAGCAGGUUACUUUGCUCAUGCAGCGAAAAUGCAACCCGAUGGGAGCUACCGAAACAUUGAUGGUGGCACUAUACUAUAUGCCCAUCCUAGCUCCUUGAUGUUCAAUCGAAAAGCUGAGUGGGUCAUCUUCCACGAGGUCAUGGAGACUGGUAACAAAACGUUCAUUCGCGACAUCACUAAAAUCGAGAAAUCUUGGUUACUCGACUACUCAGCCGGGUUUUAUCAGACCAAACCACGAUGA